AUGGAUAUGGGUGACGUUCGAGGAAAGGUCAUUCUCGUCACCGGAGGCACUGCAGGACUAGGAGCACGAAGUGUUGUGGCUUUCGCUCAAGGCCAGCCAGGCCACAUAUACUUCACAGGCCGAAAUGCCAAGGCAGCGGAAGGUGUCAUCAAAGAGGCCACCCAGUCCGGCUCCAACAACACAUCGAUAACCUUUCUCCAAUGUGACCAAGCCAGCCUGGCAUCAGUUAGGGCCGCAGCUGCCAGGAUCGCCACUGAGCAGACACGUCUGGACAUCCUCAUGGCCAACGCCGGGGUGAUGAACAAGCCCCCAGCACUGACCGAGGACGGCUACGAGGUCCAGUUCGGCACGAACCACCUCGCCCACGCGCUCUUCAUCAAGAUCCUACUACCCCUCAUGGAGAAGAACAACAGGGCCAGGAGAACCAACCAACCGCCCGCCUCCCCACCCGGCCCCAACGCAGACGCCCGCAUCGUCCUGCUCACCAGCACCGGCCUCCGCGGCGCCCCCUCGGGCGGCAGCAAGCUGGCCAACCUGCUGUACGCGCGCGAGCUGGCCCGCCGCCGCCCGUCCGUCACCUCGGUCAGCGUCACGCCGGGCAUCGUCGCCACCGACCUCGUCUCGGGCCAGGGCGCGGCCCACCGCGCCGUCAUCUGGCUGUCGGCCAUGCUGGGACAGGGCGGGCUGCCGCCGCCCGGGGAGGCUGUCGCGACGCAGCUUUGGUGUGCUGCCGCGCCGAGGGGUGGGAUCCGGAACGGGGGGUUCUAUGAGCCUCCGGGUUGUCUCUCUGGGGUGUCUACUCGGUAUACUGAGGAUGAGGACCUUGCGAGGAGACUGUGGGAGUGGACUGACCGCGAACUGGAGAAGUGGCUUUAA